AAACAAAUCACCCUAUUCAUUAAUUCCGGGCAAUCUCAAAUAAUAAUUUAAUUAAUAUUGAGAUUAGGAUGGGUAUAAAAAAGGGCGCAAAUGCGUGCAAAAUCAGUCCUUUCUGUGCCUUUCGGUCUAAUAUAGUUUCAGCAAAAUGAAAACCGCCUUUUUGCUCCUUUUCGUGCUCAUGCCGGCAGUUUUGUGCUACUACGUGCACCCGAACUUGCACUACUUCCCUGCGAGGGUCAAUUACAGAAGUGCCCCGGCCAAGUCGUGGGGCGCUUUGUUCCACCGUCUCCAGCUGGCCAGUAAACGCUGCGCUAAUACAUUUGACGAAAGUUGCAUCAACGAUGUCAUAAAUGGGGCUGGGUCCGACGAGGCGUUUUUGAACGGCGGCGACAACCCGGGAAAACGGUGUGUGAACACAUUUGACGAGAGUUGCUCCAACGGCGACAUCAACGGUGCCGGAUCCGACGACGACUGGCUGCACGGAGACGACACUCCGGGCCGUCGUUGAAAAUUUCAUGUAGAAUUAUAACCAGAAUAAAUUUAUUGUGAACAGUA